AUGCCCACGGCCACUACAUUUCUGGAUAAUCCCUUGCUAAAGGUUAGCCGGCCCGUCGCCGCAUGCUCGCGCUGUCGCACUGCCAAAAUCAAAUGCGAUGGCAAGCUUCCCGCUUGCUCCGCUUGCGAGAAAGUUGGUAAAGCGAGCACCUGCUCGGGUGCUAGUGACGAGUUCGCCAAAGGCAAGGAGCGAAGCUAUGUCGCGUCUCUCGAGGGUUACUGUGAAAAAUUAGAAAAGAAACUUACCCAGUUGCGAGAUCGUCAAAGUUCCUUAUCAGCUGAAGGGAACGGGGUCGCACGGGAGGUGUCCAUCACCGCGACAUCAUCGACUGGUCCUCCAGGAACAGCGCAUCGCCGCGAGGUCUCUGAUAUUGAUGAUCUAGUUGGUGAUUUCGGGUUCUUAUCAGUGAAUGCGACUUCACGCGAUUUCCACGGCAUCACAUCCACGACCAGUUUUGCCAAUCUACUCUUAUCGGUUACGACUGUCGGAUCUCCCCCUUCACCAACCCCAAGCUCACUUCCCGCGCGACACGAGGCGACUCCAUUGCUGCAACACUACUUCGACAAUAUCUUUGUUCAGCUACCGUUCUUUGUCGAGACUAGUUUCUGGACAUCGGUCGAUGCGGUUUAUCAAUCACAAGGCCGCUUUGCCAAACCAUUUGACCACUGGAUGCUCCGUAUGGUCUUAGCCAUUGCGUCUGCAUCAGUCUCAUAUCAGAACAAUGACAAGAGCCACCAACGAGCAUUGGGCCUCGUGGCAGAGGCAUUGACAUACGCUGAAGAUGUCCUCCGGCCGGGAUCUAUCACUUGCAUCCAGGCAAUCCUACUGCUGGCUCAGUAUGCUUUGGUAGACCCGGGGCGGUUUCGUAGCUGGUUUUUGGUAGGAAUGGCAAUCAGGGUAGCGGUAGAUCUGGGCCUUCAUCAAGAUCCACCUGCUGAGGUCUUGUCAAACUCGAGUCGGCUUGACAUUCGUCGUCGGGUCUUUCAUUGUCUUUACGUCCUGGACAGGGGGAUUAGUACUGCCUUCCAAAGGACAUUCUCAUUUUCCGACGAUUCUGUUAGCGUCGAAAUGCCCUCCACUAGCAACUCGACCACAUCUUCGGCCAGCGAUCAAAGCCACAUCUUUUUACGAAGCCCAGCACCGGCUUUACAUAUCGUCAAGAUCCGACAGAUCCUAUCUUCCGGGUACACAGAUAUGCAUUACAGUUCGCGUGAGCCAUCACCACAACCACUUGUGCAAAUUUGGACCCUAUGCUACCGGGCUCAACAAUGGCUUAACGAAUGUCCCCAAAACGCUCCCAACCACUUUCCCUUCCUAUACCGCCUUGAAUCACUCUAUACUAUAAUCGUUCUCCUAUCCCCUUCUCACCGAUACCCAACUCUCUGCGACUAUAACAACGCGCUGCUUUUCGACCGAUCCAUGGAUUACAUCAGCCAGAUCCACCAAGUCCUUGACGAACCGAACUACCUCCCUUUCCUCAACUUCCUCGACAUCCAACGCGUACAGCAAGUAUCGUGUCGCUUCGUGGAUGUCCUCUCCCAAAAUUAUGAUCUGCUCCUCAGUACAACUGUGCCGACCCCGCCUGCCGUCCCCGCAGGUACUCCUGACCCUCCAAUGCUAGUCGCAGGAGACCGAAUAAACUGUCGCCCUCGCGCAAUUCGCUGUCUCUCAUAUAUCAGAGAUUUACUCACAUAUGCAGAUCGAAAGUGGAAUCUUCGAGCCCCGCUCGAGAAGUUUGAACGGGAUUCUGCGGCCUUACAAGAUCUGCUCAUGAAUAACUCCAUAGGCUAUAUGGAAAUGCCGACUCGGACUUCUUACUCUCAAUCCCCUACCCACGGAAUGCCGCUGGCCGGCACUGAAUACCCCGGCUAUCAUUUAGGAUGA